GUGUGGGAGAGAGAGAGAGAGAAUGGAAAUAAAGGGAAGGAGGGAGUAAGAAAGUGAAAGAAACAAAGGAGCGAGAAAAACACUCAGACACACAGGGGCAAAGUAGAGAGAGAGAGAGAGAGAAACAGAGAGAGAGAGAGAGAGAGAGAGAGAGGGGGGGGGGGAGAGAGAGAGAGAGAGAGAGAGGGGGAGAGACUCGCCGAGGGUGAUGUCAAACCAGCUGAGCUCAGAAAGUAAACAGAGCUCCGAGCAGCAGCAUGCUUUCAGCGCCACAGCAGCAGCGGUGGCCAGGACAGCCCCUCGGGGGGACCCGAACACUUGCGCACACACGCCGGGGCCCCUGCGGCCGGCUCCGCAACACACUCUUCAUCACCUCCGUCCUCAUCCUCUGCCUGCUGGUCUCCCAGGGGAGCGCUUGGCCCCUCGACUACAGGUGGCUAUACCCACAGUGUCCGGGGCUGGAGUGGAGUGCCAUGUGCCGUGGCUGCUGUGAGUACGAGCUGAUCCGCUGCAAAUGCCCCUUACAGGGGACGCCAGUGGGCUAUGCAGUGCCCUGCUGCCGCAACGCCCUCAACGAGUGUGAUCCCUGCAUUAUACACCCAGGCUGCAGCAUUUUCGAGAACUGUAAGCGGUGCUACAAUGGAACGUGGGGACCCAGAGAUGACUUCUUUAUCCGGGGGAAAUACUGUUCCGAGUGCCGGCCUGGGUGGUCGGGUGGAGACUGCCUGAAGUGUGGUGGUGUGCUGAAGAAACGACAAGGCCACAUCGUGCUGGAGGCCUACCCCAACAACGCCCGCUGCGAGUGGACGCUACAGGUCGAUCGGCCUUUCGCCAUCGAGUUCAGGUUCAUGAUGCUCAGUCUGGAGUUUGACCACAGCUGUCGCUAUGACUACGUGGAGGUGCGAGACGGGGACAGCAUUAACUCUCGCGUGAUUGGUCGGUACUGUGGGAACGACAGGCCUCCUCCAAUUCUAAGCUCAGGCAACACCCUGCACAUCCUGUUUGUCUCCGACGGUUACAAAAACUUUGACGGCUUCUUCGCUACUUUCCAGGAGAGCUCAGCCUGCAGUUCCUCACCAUGUCUCCAUGACGGCACCUGUGUUCUGGACUCCUCCCUCUCCUACCACUGCGCCUGUUUGGCCGGCUACACUGGCAAGAGGUGUGAGCAUGUGUUGAUGUGUGGGCGGCCCAUGAUGCCCCUCUAUGGCGAUGCUGUGAGCCUCGAUGUGAGCGUCGGCGGGCACGUCAUCUACCGAUGCCAGCCGGGGUACCAGCUGCAGGGCUACCGCAUCGCCACCUGUAUGCUGGAGGGCACCUGGAGCGCCCCCCCUCCACAGUGUGUGCCUGUGCAGGAGAGGACCUGUCCACUCCCACCCAAGCCCACCUAUGGGGACCACUUCCUGGUGUAUGGCCCAGGAGACGAGCUCAUUGCCCUGCAGUACCUCUGCUAUAAGCCCUACAAGCUGAGCGGGAUGCAGCAGAGGACGUGCCUGGCCAAUGGCACCUGGAGCGGGACAGCGCCCUCCUGUGUUAAAGUACUGAGUCCUGCGCCCCCGCCAGAUGAGGAAAAAGAGAAAGAGGUGAAAGAGAAAGAGAAAGAGACGGGCCAAGGCAAACAUCCCUUCGGAAAAGACACCAAAGAUACUGAUGACUCCACAAAUAUGGUCAAAGAAAAGGGUCCCGAAAAAGAAGAAAAAGGACUGGACAUAGAUCAAGACAUCCAGAUAGUCAUUUUCAAGGAGCCUGGUCAAGAUGAAGACAAAAAUGUGAGUGUGGACGCAGGCAAAGACCCCCGCAAGGACGUGGACAAAGACCCGGACAAAGAUGUAGACAAAGACCCGAAUGUGGACACAGUAGGACCAAAGGAUCCGACCAUAAGUGUCCCUAAAAACACUAGCAAAGAAAGCACAGACGAUAUCAACACGGUCCAGGAGAAAGACCCUGAGCUCAAGAAAGAUUUAGACAAAGGUCUGGAUAAGGAUGUGCAUACACAUGUGUAUGUGGAUAAAGGAUCGGAGAAUGUUCUUAUCAUAAAAGAUCUCCGUCCUAAAAACACAAGUAAAGUCAAGGAAGACAAUGUCAAUACAGUGGAGGAGAAGACGUCUGAAGGAGACAAAGACCUAGGAAGGGGUCUAGAUAAGGACUUGCAUCCAGACAAAGGAGUUUUGGGCGCCCCUAAAGACCCGGUCGACAACCUGGGCAGAGACAUUGAAAUAGUGCUGCUGUCCGAAAAGGGGAAAACCAGCGUGUCCAAAGAUGUUCUGAUACACACAGAGUACAACCUUGAGAAAGACGUGAACGUGCAGCAGCGCCCGGUCGCUGUAACGACAACACCACCCGAGACAGCAGCCCCACCACCUCCCAAGACAAGUGACAACGACCUGGAUGACGAACCGAGCAGUAACGCUACGGAUGUGAUCAGCUCCAAUGACAUCGAGAACAUCGACAAAUCAGCUCCUCCUGAACUAGACAGAAAACAAUACCCAGUCGGAGGUAAUAUUACAGAGAUAUCCUCUCCGGGCAUGACAGAGCAGGGUGGGACAGGCUCCCAUGCCAAGGGAAGUGAGGACUCGGAGAUGGGGCCAGAUGCGGACUCAGACGCAGACUCAGAGGAGCACCCUGGAACAAAGCCAAGCGCUAACCCUACACGACUUCCCACAGUGACAGACGGGUUGGAAACGGAGAAAGACAUCAAAGGGGAUUGGAAGAGCGGGCCCGACAACAAGAGCUUCACUGACAGGAAGAAGUGUCCUCCUCCCCCUCGUCUCUUUCAUGGCUACUGGGAGCUGGUCCCGGGUCUGUCUCCAGAGACGGUGGAGUUCUUCUGCAACCACUCCUACGCCCUGAGUGGCGCUGCCCGCCGUUCGUGCCAACCAGAUGGCUCCUGGAAUGGUACCCAGCCCAUCUGCAUGAGAGCCUGUAGAGAGCCAAAGGUGUCUAAUCUGGUGAGACAGACUGUCCUGCCUCCGCAGGUCCUCUCCAGGAAAACCCCAGUGCACAAGCUGUACUCCUCAGCCAGUUUGGGCAAGCCUUUCGUCUCUGCUGCCCCCACCAGGAGCCCGCAGGUACUGCACCAGCUGCCCCCAGGCUUCCACCCCCUCUACACGCACAUCCAGUACGAGUGCCUCUCGCCCUACUACCAGCACUCGGGCAGCUCCCGUCGCACCUGCCUGAAGACGGGCAAGUGGAGCGGGCGCCAUGUCUCCUGCUCACCAGUGUGCGGAAAGAUCUCGAACUUUGAUCCCCAGUCGCCAAGGGAGAUUCACUGGCCCUGGCUAGUGGCCAUCUACCGACGCUCAGUUCCGGGCUCCGGUGGCAAGAUGGGCGUGGUGGGCAAGGCUGGCAAAGGGCUGGCAGGGGGCGGCACAGAGGACGUGUCUGGGUCUGAGGGCUGGCAGCUGGUGUGCAGCGGGGCACUGGUCAACCAGCGCAGCGUGGUGGUGGCUGCCCACUGCGUAACGGAGCUGGGAAAGCUCUACCCGCUGGACGCUGCCAAAGUCAAGGUGGUGCUAGGGAAGAAGUUCCGCAGCGAUCAGAGGCACACGAAAGGCCUGCAGCACCUCAGGGUGGCCUCCAUUGCCGUCCACCCCAGUUAUGACCCCCUGCUUCUGGACGCAGACGUGGCCGUGCUGAAGUUGCUGGACAAGGCUCGCAUCGGGGAACACGUGCUGCCCAUCUGUCUUCCUGAGGCCACGGGCCCUGCCAUGGAGGAGGAGGAGGCGACGAGGGUGAAGCAGGCGGUGGUGACGGGCUGGUCUCUGCUGGCGGAGCCGUGGGGGGGCGAGGGGGGACAGGCGGGGGCAGCGAUGGAGCCGGAAGAAGAGCGAGCAAGAGUGGGGCGCGUGCAGCUGGGGUCGGACGCGGUCCAGUGCGAGCGGCAGUACGCCCGCAACGGCAUGCCCAUCAGCAUCACCGAGAACAUGUUCUGCGGUCGCCAGCAGGCCGACGCCAGCCCCUCACGCAUCUGCCCAGCCGACACCGGGGGCAUCCUGCUCCUGCCCGCGCCCACCCCGGUACCCUCCCCUGGUGGGGGCGACUCGUCCAUCCUUCUCCUGGAGGAGGAGGAGGAGCAGAACAGGAAGCUGCGCGUCUGGAGGCUCCUGGGACUGGUCAGCUUCGGCUACGACCAUCCCGAGUGCAACCCGCAGCUCUACACCGUCUACACACGUGUGGCCAACUUCAGAGACUUUAUUGAGAGCAACAUGAAAUAGAUUGCCUUCUCUCCCUUUAUCCCCAAACUCAUUCACUCAAUCUCUAGCUCACAUACACCUCACUUCAUUAGAUCGCUCAGGUGAGUUUUCUCCAGCGUACCUCUCCGUCAUUCUCAGUUGUAUCCAUUCGUACCGUAACAUAAUGUGUUUUCUGACAGAAAAAGAUCAGAUAACACUUGAUUGUGCAAUAGCCUGAGAUCUCGGAGGGCGUCCAUUGGUUUAGACCUCAAACAACAAGUAGGUGGCAUUCUCUGAUUAUUUUCAGCAGAUGUUUGAGUUCAUCCAGGAUUAUAGAUUUUGCAAUCCUCCAGGAUGCCUGUUAACUUUGAAAUGUACAUAUACUGUAUUUUAAUGUAUUAUUCCAAAUUGUAAACAUGAAAAAGGUGUAAAUAUUGUGUUAAAUGACAGAUAGGUCCUAAUGAUCUUUAAAUAAAAUUAUGAGUGUAUUAAAUAGGAACAACAGCCUGGGACUAAAUGCUCUUCUGCUCUUCCACACGGUUUAUCCAGGAGAUGGUCUUGUUACCCUACUCUCAGUAGACUGCAGUAUUAACAAAGCCCCACUAGAUGGAAGUGCUGCUCCUCAAACAGCCCGAGCAAGGCCCUGCAUCAAGAGAGAAGCAGCUGUACAAUUGUGUUGUGUUUCCCCUUAAAGCAAAGACUUUUCAUUUAAGUACAUGAUUUUAAAAAAAUACUGUAAAUAAGUGUAUGGAAAAACCCUGUGACCUUGAAAUGCUGUAUUGGGGACGGGUGGGCAAAUUGGCAGCAUGAAAAGUGUCAACACAUAGUCAAGUCAAGUUUCUUCAUUUAGCACAUUUCACAGAUUCAGAUACACAGAUUCAUUCAACGUAACCUGGCUCCGCCCGUCUCAUUUCGCUUCAGAAAAGAAGCGUAGUCUGGUUCACGAGGCAUUCAAUGUGCUUUUACAUAAACAAAAGCAAACAGUAAUAGCAAAUGAUAGCAUAGAACGGCAAUAGUCAAAUAAUAGUUUAAAAAAAGUAUAAAAAAGAAAAAAGAAAACAUAAAACACACAAGGUAAUAGUACAUAAAAUCAUAAAAGGGCAAUAGUUUAAAAAUGUUAACAAAGUUAUAAUUAAAAGACAUAAAAAAAACAAUAUAGAAUGAAUAAAAGACAGUGCAAAACAACAAAUUACUGGAACACUACCAACAACUUACUGGUAACCUGUGUGCUUUAUAGUGUCCUAGUCAGCCAACAACUUAACCUGUGUGCUUUACAGUCUCCUAGUCAGCCAACAACGUAAUUCAGUGACAGUGAGCCUAGUCAAACACCCAGUGAACAACAGCACUCUAUAAUAUAUAUUAUGGAGAUUCUUGAAGUAGCCCCAAACAUUUUUUUUCCUUUCAGGGCCAAAAAUGCCCGACCAAUAGGGCCCGAUAGUCCCAUCAAGGGCUCACUUGGAAAAGAGGCUAUUGUCUCAAUGUGACUACCCUGGUUAAAUAAAGGAUAAAUACAAUUCUUUAUUUGUUUCUUUCUUUCUCUCUCUCUCUGUCUAUCUUUUCUGAAACUACCAUCCAAUGUUGAAACUUGCUGAACAUGCAUUGCUGAAAUCAGUAUUGAUUCAGAGGUAAAGUUCUACACCCUUCAACAGAUAUAGCUGAGUCAGUGCCAAGUUGGAGAGAUAUUGUACAUAGCCUACUGAACACACUGUAGGAUUUCAGCAUCCACGCUUGAGCCACAAAUAAACUAUAUUUUUAUCUUAGGUGGUCUACAUGUUAAUGGGUUUAGGAUGCAUAUAACAGUGAACAUUUACACCUCAAUACUGUAUGUUGACCAUGAUUACUAUCUAUAUUACAAUGUUUCAAACUACAUGUACUGUACUUAAAUUCCAUAUUGGAAUUAGCUGAUUAAAAAAAAAGGUAAAAAGGGAUUGGGGCACUUUUGAUGUGAUGGUUUUGGAGUGAAAUUAAAAAAUUGACAGAAAGA